AUGCCAUCCUAUCUGAAUAAGCAGCUCAAAGAGCUGAUGAUCGGGACGUACGAGAACAUCGCGGUCACCACCACCAACACCCCACUCAUUCUUGUGCUCCAGCAGUUCAUUGAGCGCCGGGUGUCGGCACUGCCCGUCGUCGACAAACGGUCCAAAGUGGUCGACGUCUAUGCAAAGUUUGAUGUCAUUCAUUUAGCCGCUGAUAAGACGUACAAUAAUCUGGACAUAACAGUGAAGAAGGCACUGGAGCAUAGAGACCAAUCGGAACGGGUUAUCAAAUGCACAAUGAAUGACACACUGCACCAGAUUCUCGAGAAGAUUGUCCAGGCUGAGGUCCACAGGAUAGUGGUGGUGGACAGCGAGGACCACGUGAUCGGAAUCAUAUCGCUGUCGGACAUCCUAUCGUUUCUAGUGCUCCGACCCGUGGGCUUAGAGCGCAAAGACAUUGAUUGCGAUAAACUGGUGGAGGAGACGGCCGAAGAGGUGACCGACAGUGACCACAACGACGACAAUACGGUGCCCACGAAGGCUCCGGCAGCCGACGAACAAAAGGCGACCCCAAUCGCGGCCACUGCCAAGUGAUGUGUCGGUGCGAUGGGUGUGUGGGGGGACAGGGAUGUGAUUGUGUGUCGGAAACCAUUGAUUGUAGAAAUGGAUGCGAAGAAUAUAUUAAUUAUUUUCUAAUUUAAUGGCCGUUUAAUACAUGGAUUGUAAUUAUCAUUACUGGAUGAGACGGGUAGUCAACUCACACGCGACCUGAAGAAUAUUCUGUUGUUUUUUUGUGGUAUGAUUUUCGAUGAAGAAUUGUGCGAUUCCGAGUGAUUUAUGGGAGGGGAAAGGGAUGCGAAAAGUGUUUUUCAUUUGGAUUGUAAUAUUGAGUUUGAUUUGGGAAACGGAUUAUGCAUUUCACGACGAGUUGAUUGUAUUGGCGUUUGGUUUGGAUUUGUUUUUUACACUGAAUUAUAACUUAUUUGUGAGACUUAUUUGACCGGUGGUUACGAAAUGCAAAACUUAUUCAACACAACAAACAUUUACAACAAAAAUGACUUUUAAUUUAAUAAAAAGCGAUAAAUUAUUAUAUAUAUAAUUAUAUAG